CGGGAAGGGGCGGCCGGGCCGUCAGCUGCGCGCCGCCGCUAUAACAACAAAGGAGCUCCGCGGGGCGCGCAGCGGGCGCGGCGGCGGCGCCGGGAGCAGCACGGCCACCUGGGUUUUGCAUAAACUGUUUACCAGUCAUGCCUCUGCGUGUCCCACGUCUGAGCUGAUAAAACACCUAUGCACUUUAAUCUCAAGUCUGUGCCACUCUGCUAGUACAGUGUGAGCUGUGCCUUGAACCUUGGAUAUAAAGACCUGCCAGCCAAAGUCUUCUUCCUGCCUUAGUAAUGUUCCAGAGGUUAAAUAACAUGCUCAUGGGAGAGAUUGAUAGCCUGUCCAGCCAAGAGCCAGAGUUCAGUGAGAAAGAAGAUGAUGAGUGGAUUCUGGUUGACUUUAUAGACGCUUGCACUAACUGCGCCGGGGAGGAAGCGAACGCGGCGGAAGCGGCGGCCGCGGACGGCUCGCCGGUCUUCUCCUGUCUGCCAUCUCCCUUGGAACACUUGCCAGAGGCCAGCGAGUCCUGCUUCAUCCAGUUCGAGUCGUGCCCUAUGGAGGAGAGCUGGUUUAUUACCCCUCCCCCAUGUUUUACUGCAGGUGGAUUAACCACUAUCAAAGUGGAAACCAGUCCGAUGGAGAACCUCCUGAUAGAGCAUCCCAGCAUGUCUGUGUACGCUGUCCAUGACACCUGCCACAGCCUUAAUGAAACUGGAUGUGGAGAUGAGGAGUUUCACAGCCCAGGUAGUCCCAGAGCGGAGGCCCCAAGUGACGCUGGGCAGCGCCUUCACUGCUACGUCGCCGCUCUGGCCGCCGGUUCAGCUGCUCUGGAGAAAAGCAAGAGCCUGCGUCCUGCCCACUGGAUCAGGGAGCACCACGAGAGGCACCACCCCGGCAGGAGCGGGCUGCGGCGCCACAACCUCGCCAGGGACUGCCACCCGCGGCCGCUCAAGCACAGCGGACUCUUUGUUCACCAGCCUUGCCAGCGGCCCUUCAAUUACUGAGGCCUCUCCUGGGUUUAAUCUAGGGGCUAAAUCAU